AUGGCCCCAAAUGAGGCUCCGCUGUAUGUUGGGAUUCUCCAAUUGUUACAGCAUUUUGGAUGGAAGUGGGUUGGGCUGUUGGCUUCUGAGAGUGAGAGCGGAAAACAAUUUUUGCAGAAAAUGCAGCUUUUGCUUUCAGAGAAUGGAAUCUGUUCAGCUUUCCUACAACAAGUCCCAGGAAUACCCAAUAUUGAUGACUUGGAUAAACAGAGUGGUAUACUGUUUACUCUUUAUAGACAUUACGAAGACAGCAGGACAAAGACAUUUGUCAUCUAUGGAGAAUCUGUGUUGCUUGUAUGGCUCUCAGGUGUCAUAUUUAUGCUGGACACUACAUUUAAAGAAAAUAUAUCUUUUAGAAAGGUUUGGAUCAUGACUAGUCAAUUUGAUUUUAUCCUAACAGGAUUUCAAAAGUCUUGGAAUCUCCAGUUGUUCAAUGGGGCCAUUUCCUUUCAAAUUCCAUCAAAUGAGGUUCUGGGAUUCAAGGCAUUUGUUCAGUCCAUAAAACCUUCUUUGAGGCACAGAGAUGGAUUUAUAAAGGAAUUUUGGGAGCAAGCAUUUGACUGUUUCUUUCCUAAUUCAGGAUUGCCAGCAAUGGACAUUGGACAAUGCACUGGGGAGGAGACCCUGGAGAGUCUUCCUGGACCUCUCUUUGAAAUGCAAAUGACUGGUCAUAGUUAUAGUAUCUACAAUGGUGUCUUCGCUGUGGCUCAUUCUUUGCAGGCCUUACUCUCAAAGGGAUUAAACCAGGGCAAAAGAAAGCUGGGAAACAUGGUUCGACUCACAGUUCCCGAGCCUUGGCAGCUCCACCCAUUUCUCCAAGGCAUUUCUUUUAACAACUCAGCUGGAGAGAGAGUCUUCUUUAAUGACAAAAGGGAAGUGACAGGAGGAUUUGAUGUUAUCAACAUGAUCACUUUUCCUAACAGGUCCUUUCAGAGAGUUAAAGUUGGAAGGCUGGAUCCUAAUGCUGCAAAAGGAAAAAAAAUGGUCAUUGAUGAAAAUAGGCUUCUCUGGCACCCCGGUUUCAACCAGGUUCUUCCCAUUUCUCUCUGUAAUGAGUACUGUUACCCAGGAACCUGGAAGAGAAGGGUGGAAGGGAGACCAUCCUGCUGCUAUGACUGUGUUCCAUGUCCAGAGGGAAAGAUUUCAGAUAAGAUGGAGAUGGAAGAUUGUUUCAAAUGUCCUGAAGAUCAGUAUCCCAGCAAGGAGCAAGAUCAUUGCAUCACCAAAAGCACAAGUUUCCUGUCUUUUGAAGAAUCUUUAGGGAUCUCCUUGGCAUCAGCUGCUGUUGCUUUUUGCUUGAUAACAGCCUGGAUACUUGGAACUUUUAUUAAGCACAAGGACACCCCCAUAGUGAAAGCCAACAACCGGGACCUCACCUACAUCCUCCUGGUGUCUCUUUUGCUCUGCUUUCUCUCUCCCUUUUUCUUCCUCAGCCAACCUGGGAAAGUGACCUGCCUCCUCCAGCAACCAACUUUUGGCCUCAUCUUCUCGGUGGCUAUUUCUUGUGUCCUGGCCAAAACCAUCACUGUGGUUGUGGCUUUCAUGGCCACCAAGCCAGGAUCUCAGAUGAGGAAAUGGGUAGGGAAAAGACUGGCCCUUUUGAUUCUUCUUUCCUGCUCUCUUUUCCAAGCCAUCCUUUGUUCUGUGUGGUUGGCGACCUCUCCUCCAUUCCCUGAGUUAGACAUGCACUCCUUUAUGGAAACCAUGCUUUUGCAGUGCAAUGAAGGCAACAUCCUCAUGUUCUAUUUUGUCCUGGGCUACCUUGGCUUCUUGGCUCUUGCCAGCUUCAUUGUGUCCUACUUUGCACGUAAUUUGCCUGACAGCUUUAAUGAAGCCAAGUUCAUCACCUUCAGCAUGUUGGCUUUUUGCAGCGUCUGGGUGUCCUUUGUGCCAAGCUACCUGAGCACGACAGGGAAAGCCAUGGUGGCUGUGGAGAUCUUCUCCAUCUUGUCCUCCAGUGCUGCCUUACUGGGAUGUAUCUUUUUCCCCAAAUGCUACAUCAUUGUGCUGAGGCCCAAAAUGAACAACAGGGAGAGAUUAAUAAAAAGGAAGAAAACAACCACUCACUCCCAUUCCUGGACAUCCUCAUCAGGUAAAAAAGACAUAGGAAUCAGAGACUUCCCAGCCCAGUUCCACAUUUCCAAAUUCCACGCACAGUGGUACCAGCCUGGUGACUUCCUCAUUGGUGGGAUUGCUUCUCAGUUCCUUUAUAAUUCUGAAGAACUUUCUUUUAAGGAGCAUCCCUCCCAGAAAUUGUUUCAGAUGUCAAUAGCAGUCACCAAAUUCUACCAGCAUGUUCUUGCCUUGGUAUAUGCUGUGAAGGAGAUCAAUGAGAAUCCCCGAUUCUUGCCCAACGUCACCCUUGGGUUCCACAUUUAUGACAGCUACUAUGAUAGAAUGAUGACCUAUCGGACCACUUUGGACCUGCUCUUCAGUUCGGAUAGAUUUGUCCCCAACUAUAAAUGUGACACCAAGAAAACCCUCCUGGGUGUCAUUGGGGGACUUGGAACUGAUACCUCCUACCAUAUUGCAGACAUUCUGAGUCUUUAUAAGAUUCCACAAGUAAGAAGCCAAGAUUUCUCAGACAUAACUUUCACCCCUUGA